UAUAUUGAUCGUGAGUCUCAGUUAUGAUAAGACAUUACCUUUAUCUUUGCACUUGACAACGAUUAUGAUUUAGGUGGUGGUUUAUGUAAAAGCGUUAAUCAGACUUGUAACUCGUUCAUUGUGCUGAGAACUGCAGAAUUUAGUGUAUCGUUUAUUUUAAUUAUAUUAAGUAUACAUAUAUAUAUAUAUACUGUUUUUUAAAAAUUCAAAAAUGGUUACCCGACGGAUUAAUUUAAGUUCCUUAGUGUUUAUAAGUUUCUUUAUUGUUUCAAAUGUCAAUAAAGGAAUGUCAUUGAAAUGUUAUCAAUGUUCAUCAGAUAGUUCUGGUGAUUGUUGGACUAACCCUCCAGAUACUUAUUUAAAGGACUGUGUUGAAGAAACUUCGACAGUUAAUCCUUCAACUGAAUCUACGACUUCAUCAUCUACUGAAACUUCAACUACAACUUCAUCAACUACUCCAUCAACAACGUCAUCAACUACUGCAUCAACUACUGCAUCAACUACUUCAUCAACUACUCCAUCAACGACAUCAUCAACUACUCCAUCGACAACGUCAUCAACUACUUCAUCAACUACUCCAUCAACUACUUCAUCAACAACUUCAUCAACUACUCCAUCGACAACGUCAUCAACUACUUCAUCAACUACUCCAUCAACGACAUCAUCAACUACUACAUCAACUACUUCAUCAACUACUCCAUCAACUACUUCAUCAACAACUUCGUCAACUACUCCAUCAACAACUUCAUCAACAACUUCGUCAACUACUCCAUCAACUACUUCAUCAACAACUUCGUCAACUACUCCAUCAACAACUUCAUCAACAACUUCGUCAACUACUUCGUCAACUACUCCAUCAACUACUUCAUCAACAACUUCGUCAACUGAUUCAUCAACUACUUCAUCAACAACUCCAUCAUCUACUAUUACUUCAACUACUCCAUCAAAUACUACUACAACAGCAACUGAUUCAUCGAAUGCUGAUGAACAAAAUCCAGCUGUAAGCAGAAUUAGACGUCAAGCGAAUCUUCGUGAGGAUGAUGUUUGGGAAUGUUCGAAACAAUUUUUCAAAGAAAAUAAUGUGGAAAAGAUCAGCAGACAAUGUGUGAAAAAAAACCAAAGUUCUUGUAAUGGUAAAGAGGAAAAUUCAUGUUUUCUGUGCAGUGACAAAGAUGGUUGCAAUUCAGCUUCAAAUAUUGGAAUUCAAUUAUUAUCUAUGAUAUUACCAAUAGCUGUUGCACUUUUUUUAGCACGAUAAUUAUACCGCGUUAACGAAUGUAAUAUUUUUAUAAAAUAUAAUCUUGUUUCAACAUCUAA